GGACUGCUGGUUUGCAGCGACCUCUAUUGGAAAUGUGGUCCGGAAGUGUCACUGGUACGUGAUCGCGUCAUUUUACACUACCAGGAAGUCAUCGGGGAAACGGCAACAUCAUGGCAGAGAGCAUAGACGCACGUCCUCGUGCUGAUGUCGAGGACAUGCCCGAGCUAUCGGACUGUGAGGGUGACUCUGGUGAUGAUGAAGAGCAGUGGCAGUGGAUGGAAGAGGACAGUCAACAGGUUCCCUGUUUAUUUUGUGACAGAUUACUAAAUUCGGUGCCUGAAACCCUGCAGCACUGUACACUUGACCACCGCUUCAACAUUAUAGAUCUGAUUAAGAAACACAAUUUAGAUGACUACAGUUACAUAAAGCUGAUCAAUUUCAUACGCUCAACAAAAUGUGAUCCGUCACAUCUCAUCGGGCUACCAGAUGUUCCCUUACCGUGGGAGAGUGAAGAAUUCCUUCAGCCAGUUAUACAGGAUGAUCCCUUAUUGCAAACUGACCCUGAGGAUCUGUGUGGUCACCAGGGGAAGGUUGCAUCAACAUGCGGACCAUCAGAGUCCAAUGAGGCGAUGCUGCAGAGGGUAUCUUUUGCUGAGGAGGCUAUGGCUCAAUCCUUUGAAAAUCUGCAAAAACUACAGCUACUGCUCCAAGAUUUGGUGCUGAAUCCAGAAAAUGGAAGGUCCACUAAUCUGUCCAGCGUGGCUGAGCUUCGCGAGGAAGAGGACGAAGCCUACUUCAGCUCGUAUGGUCAUUAUGGCAUUCACGAGGAGAUGCUCAAGGAUAAAGUGCGCACUGAGAGUUACCGUGACUUCAUGUACAAUAACCCUGAAGUGUUCAGAGACAAGGUUGUUUUAGAUGUUGGCUGCGGGACUUGCAUACUAUCGAUGUUUGCUGCCAGGGCUGGAGCCAAGAAGGUCAUAGCUGUUGACCAAUCAGAAAUUAUCUACCAAGCCAUGGAUAUAGUCAGGUCCAACAAGCUGGAGGACAAGAUCACUUUGCUCAAAGGACGCAUAGAAGACAUCAGCCUUCCUGUGGAGAAGGUGGAUAUCAUCAUCUCAGAGUGGAUGGGUUACUUUUUGCUGUUUGAGUCCAUGUUGGACUCUGUCUUAGUGGCCAGAGACCUCUAUUUGGAUGAUGGUGGUUCAGUCUACCCAGACCUUUGUAACAUCAGCUUGGCGGCAGUGGGAGACAAGCAGAAGCACCAAGAAUGCAUUGCAUUCUGGGAUGAUGUGUAUGGCUUUAACAUGUCAUGCAUGAAGAAGGUUGUCGUGCCGGAGGCUGUUGUGCAAGUGUUAAAUGCAGACACGCUCAUCUCCGAACCUACAGUCAUACAGACAAUCGACUGCAACAAAGUGACUCAUUCAGAGCUGGAUUUUGCAGCCGACUUUUGUUUGAAGAUUACCAACACCACAGAGUUCACGGCAAUUGUUGGCUACUUUGACGUUUUAUUUGACAAAGGCUGCUGUAACAAGGUGAUGUUCUCCACGGGUCCACAGGUCACAAAGACCCAUUGGAAACAGACCAUCUUCCAACUGGAGAGACCCUUCACAGUCCAGGCUGGUGAGGAGCUUCAAGGAAAGAUCACAGUGCGCAAAAACAAAAAGGACCCUCGCUCGCUGUUGGUCACCUUUGACCUGCGAGACAGGAAGCUGACCUACAGCGUGCAGUAAUGCCAUGCAUGUGACCAACACUAGAAACACAGCAAAUGUGUUGUUGCUAGUAUUAGUAUUUCUAUUAAAACUGUCCAUGUAUUCAGCCAUUUUGGGGUUGUUUUUCUGAUUUGCAAUUAAAAAAAAAAAGGAUUUAAA